AUGCAGAAGGCCUUUGUGUUUCCCGAAGAAUCAGAUAAUUCCUACGUAUCCCUGAAAGCACAAUUAAAGAAACCACUCAAAGCCUUCACCGUGUGUCUCUAUAUCUACUCAGAGCUGGCCGUGUCCCAUGAGAUUAACACUGUCUAUGCUGUUGGGACCUUCAGUCCUAACGUCCUGGACUGUCAGGCGCUGAAGUAUGAAGCACAUGGUGAGGUGUUCCUCAAGCCUCAGCUGUGGCCCUGA